AACUCUUUGUAGCGUGGAGUUCGCAUGUCAGCUUACUUGAUUGAUAUAGUACAUUUGACAUCCUGCAUCCGAGGCUCAGUUGAGCCGAGUGCGAUAUAUACUUCAAGCUAACACAGACUUCAAUGCACCCUCCUCCUUUGUAUACCUGGUCUUAUCCAACGAUGCUCGAUAAUGGACCCGGACUUUACUUGGCAGUGUCAGCCUUGAUGAUAGCUGUCUUAAGCUACAGUCGAAAAUAUUGGCUCAAUCAUUCGCAUCCUCCCCUGCCGCCUGGUCCUACCCCCCUUCCAGUACUGGGAAAUGUUCUCAGUCUUGAUUCUGCUCGGCCUUGGCUGACCUUCAAUGCCUGGAGAUCCACAUAUGGUGACAUUAUCUAUGCUCGUCUCCUCAACAAGCCUGUCGUGGUCGUUAAUUCUGAGGAGGUCGCUAAAGACCUCUUUGAACGGCGUUCAAGCAUAUAUUCAGAUAGACCCCAAUCAAUUGUUUACGAAGCUUUCGCUUCAGAUUUUAACACGGGGUUCAUGCCAUAUGGAAACAGGUGGCGCCUUCACCGACGAAUAUUUCAUCAGGCAUUUCAUCAAGCUGCUACACCUGCUCAUCAAGCCGUGCAACUCCGUUCCGCCCGCAAAAUGCUGUCCAGUUUUCUACAGGACCCUGACAAUUAUCCAGACCAUUUUCAGAUGUUUACUUUGACAUUCAUGCUGUCUAUAAUAUAUGACUGUGAAGGCAAAGCUGAGGACGACCACGUUGCCCACGCAAUCACAAAGUAUGGGGAACUUAUAGUCGAUGUUUUCGCGCCAACUGCUAUGACAUUGAUGGAAACAUUCCCUUUCCUUUUGAAGCUACCUACUUGGUUUCCCGGUGCCACAUUUAAGCAAGCAUCACUCAAGUGUAUCCAAGCAGGCCAUGACGUGAAGGAGAUACCCUUUCAAUAUGUCAAAGAGAGGAUGUCUGCCAAUGACAUGGGGCCGUGCUUGGUAGCUGAUGCCUUGAACAAGACCGGUCAAGAGGACGUCGUCUAUACAACUGCAGUUAAGGAGGCUGCUUCCGUUGCAUUCACAGCGGCGACUGAGACAAGCACUGCCACGUUACUUGUGUUCCUUCUUGCUAUGGUGCUCAACCCGGAGAUACAAGCCAAAGCGCAGGCAGAGAUUGAUCGAGUCGUUGGCAAAGAUAGACUUCCUAAUUUCAAUGAUAGACCAGCAUUACCUUACCUAGAGGCUGUUUUGCGUGAAACACUCAGGUGGCACCCAGUGGUUCCAAUGGGUAUCCCACACGCAACAACAACCAGUGACAUCUACAAUGGCUAUUUCAUCCCUAAAGGUGUUGCUGUAUUUCCAAAUGCAUGGAAAGUCCCUGCUACCCUUAUCCUGAUAUAUCCAAAUAACGAAACCUUUAGGGCAAUGACACACGAUACAACGAAAUACCCCAGUCCCAACGAAUUCAAACCGGAAAGAUUUUUCCAAGCAGACGGGUCUCUCAACAACGACAAUAUGCAUUUAGGCUUCGGUUGGGGUCGCCGGAUUUGUGUGGGACGGUAUGUCGUAGACGCCUCACUCUGGAUCGCGAUGGCAAAUUUCCUGGCAUCUUUCUCGGCCCACAAUGCUCUUGAUGAACAUCCCAGUCGUUCCGAAGUUCACCACUGGUUUCACAAUUCGUCCGGAGACAUUUCCCUGUCGCAUUCUCCAGCGAUUCCCUGA